UUGCAUUCUGGUUUAACAAACACAGGAGCAGAAAAUCAAUAUUUGUUGGCAAUGAUCGAUUAUGAUGCCAGACUAUGUUGUUUUUCUAUUGCACCACAUAUGAUAUAAAGUGAAUGACCUUGUAGUGAGGAUCAGAGUCAAAGGCAAACACAAAGGAGAACAGGUAUAUUUGGGACCACUGACACAGAUAUAUUUGCUUUCCCAUAUUCAUACUGUGGUUAUGUAAUAUGCUUGUGUCAGGGGAAGCAGUUGUGGUAGAAUGAUUAUGACAUGACUUACUAGGGUGGCAGAAAUGUAUUUAUUUAAUUAUUUUUGUGUUCUUUGUGGCUGAUGUCCUUCCCACGGGCAUGAAGAUCAGAGACAACAAACAUUGACAAUCCUGAUUAAUUGCCUGAUUAUAAGAAUAUAGAUACUCUAUAGCAUCUGUGCCUAGGAUGACGAUUUCUGACUUGACUUAUCAUCCAAAUAAUUAAAGAAUGCAAAAAAAAUUAGUCCAUCUUAAAUUAAUAUCUGAAAUGUAUUUAUCAAAUAUUUGCUCUGACUGGGAUGAUCACAUCUUGUGUUGCUCGUUUCUUUGCUCCCACUUGCCUGAUAAAACUUCCUCAGGUAAAAGGAUGUGAAAACCUCAACAUUAAUUACAGUUUUUUAAACCUCCUUCUACACUCAAAGGCUAUUUUGUAAUUAUUUGUGGGAUUCAUAAUGUAAUAGCCUUUUAAAAUACAUUAUUUCAUUGUGCACAUUGUUAAUCCAAGUCUCCGGAGCCAUUACAUAAGAAAUGUCACAGUAUGCCCCACUAACAAAUAAAACGAUGCCUCCAACUACUCUUUGUCAUGCUGCUAAAACACAGUAUAAAUGUUACUGUGGUGGCAUUUACUUGUCACUGUCACUUUCAGAUGAAGAGGCAGUUAUACACAGCGAGGGUGAAUACAGUCCACAUCAAUCUCGCAAAAGGACUCACAAGGCCUUGAGGGGAUAUGCCUCACAGCACACUGCACUCCAUGCUAAAGUAAAGAUGGGAAAUGCUUCAGACACAUCUGCUGUAUUUGCCUCCACCAUCUCCAAAGAGCAUGACUUCCUCAUGGGUUCAGUCUACAGCAUAUUUUGUGUCCUGUCCCUCAUGGGAAACAGCAUCCUGCUACUUGUUGCCUAUCACAAACGGUCAACCUUAAAGCCAGCUGAGUACUUCAUCAUCAAUCUCUCCAUCAGUGACCUUGGGAUGACACUCUCUUUAUUCCCUUUGGCGAUACCAUCAGCAUUUUCACACAGGUGGCUGUUUGGAGAAAUCACCUGUCAGUUAUAUGCUACAUGCGGAGUACUAUUUGGACUGUGCAGCCUAACCAACCUAACAACCCUCUCCUCAGUUUGCUGCCUUAAAGUCUGCUUCCCUACCUAUGGCAAUAAGUUCUCCUCAUCACAUGCCUGCCUCCUGGUGGCUGGAGUGUGGUGUUACGCCUCAGUGUUUGCAGUAGGGCCCUUGGCUCAGUGGGGACACUACAGUCCUGAACCUUAUGGCACAGCCUGCUGCAUUGACUGGCAUGCACCCAACCAUGAGCUUUCAUCUUUGUCUUACAUCGUCUGCCUUUUCGUCUUCUGCUAUGCACUGCCCUGCACCAUCAUCUUUCUCUCCUACACUUUCAUUCUGCUGACAGUGCGAGGGUCACGUCAGGCCGUCCAGCAGCAUGUGUCACCACAGACCAAGACCACCAAUGCACACGCUCUCAUUGUUAAGCUGUCGGUAGCAGUGUGUAUUGGUUUCCUGGGUGCCUGGACUCCAUACGCUGCUGUAGCCAUGUGGGCUGCCUUUGGAGAUGCACUACUGGUUCCGCCUACUGCUUUCGCCGUGGCCGCCGUGUUUGCCAAAUCUUCCACUAUUUACAACCCGAUGGUAUACCUGCUGUGCAAGCCCAACUUUCGGGAGUGUCUGUACAGAGACACAUCUAUAUUACGACAGAGGAUCUACAGAGGAAGCCCCCAGUCAGAUCCAAAAGAACAUUUCGGAUCCACCUCACAAGCACCUCACAAGGACGUGAGCAUCUCCACACGCUUCUCAAAUGGGCAGCAGGAGAGCUACAGGGCGUGUCUUCACUGCACUGACAAUGCAGCACUGUGUCAUGUGACCACACCCCAAAGGACUGCAUGCAUUUUAACUGGAUCCACCUACAAAGAGGUGACAGUGGACCAGCUAUCAGCCAAACCAGAGGCCGAUUUCCUCUAGUGGUGCAACCAUUUAUUUUUUUUUUUCAUGAGACAAACAAGACAAGAUUAGGCAGCAGCUCAAAAAGACUGAGAUUAACUAGACAUGGACAACAAAACAGCCUGAGAGACACUGAAUCUGUCCACACACCAGUCCAAUAAACCAGUGACGUGACCCCAAGGCUUAAUAGCAUCAUGACUACAACUUUGAAGGAUAUUAUACACAAUCCAACUUGAACAAUUUGAUGGAGAAUUUCUGUGUUUAUUGUGAUAUAAAUUAGCUUCCAAGACUCCUCUAUUCAUCAUUUUUUGCCACAGAACUGUAAUGUAAUUCAGCUGGGCUUCUGAGGAGAAGAAAAUGACACACAAGAACCCCUGGUGGCCUUAAGGUUAAUUAGACCUCUGUAUGACAUUUUAAAGCAGCUCUUCUGUACAUAGCCAGAUCAUACUGCUUGAUAUGAGGAUAACCCAUGUUCAUUUCGGGCAAGUGUGAACAAAUGACAUAUAUUAAUGUGUGUAAAGGCGUGGAAGGAAAAAUGUUAAAGAUCCCUCCUGUGUUAAUAAGACAGUGAGCACAAUCAGGGAAUAAUCAAAUUGUGUCAGGGGUCUUGGCUUAAGGGGAGAUUUCACAGAAGGCAAGACGUGCCAAAUUGUCAUCAAGUUUGUUUCGGGCUUCAUCACAUAAAGGACAAGGGUAACUGUUCAUUAAACCUACUAAAGAUACAAGCCUCAGGACCGCUAUUUCUCAGAACUGUAGGUAAUAAAACUCAUAGACCUAAGAUCUGCUCUGUAGAUCUUUAGUCUGUUUCUGGGGGAGAAAAAAAAAAAUCUAAUUUGGACACAGGCAGGAACUGGGACAACAGGCCAAUGUCAACUCAUGAUCAGGAAUUAAUUUUAUGGAAGAGACCUUAUCUAAUAUUUUACUCAUAAUUUGCUUCCUCCCUAGAACCUUAUUGGUUUUCUCAUCAUCCGGUUCAGGAAACAACAAGAAGUGAGAUUUCCCUUUUAUUUACAGUAUAGUUGUAAAAGUGAUUUUUUAAAAAAGGGUCUUGAUAAUACUUGAUAUUAAGGUACACACAUUCACCAUUAAAUACUUUUUACUAGUCUUAUAAGUAAUGCAUUGGUUCUUCAGAAGGGCUGCAACUAACAAUUAUGUUAUAAAUGUCAGAAAAAGGUGAAAAUGGUGAUCAGUGUUUCUAAAGGCCCAAGAUGAUGCCCUCAAAUUGUUUGUUUAGUCCAAACACCAAAGAUAUUUAGUUUCAGUGUGUCUGCAGGUUUGAGUAAGCCAAAUUUAUUACAUUUUAAGACACUUUUCAAGGCAUCUUUGAUCAAAUAUAAGACCUUAUAUUCACAAUAGUAAGAGUACAACAGGCUUCAUAUUUUUAUUUCCUUGACCAGUCUUAACUAUGUUUCAAUCCAGUUACCGUUACAUUUCCAGUUCUUUAUGACUUAUGUUUCUGAUAUUUAAGCUGCUGAAGUUCAAACCUGAACAUUCCACCCAUGAAUGAUGGUUGGAGGCUACACUUAUUCCCAUCUCCAUUAUGUUAA